AUGCAGGACUCCAAGGUCCUGGUCAUACUCACCUUGAUCUUUGGCCUGCUUUCCAGUCUCCAAGGAGUAAGCACCAAUGAGACUGUAAACACAUGUGACAUCCUAAACUGCCCCAAAGGAUUCAGAUGCUGUGACAAUGAAUGCUGCCUGGAAAGAAAGGUCUGGGAUCCUACAAAUAACCCCUUCGGGAUCGUGUUCAUCAUUAUAUUGGUCAUGUUACCACUUAUCUUGAUCUGUGGCCUAGUGAGGCACUUCUGUCCCAAGUGCAGUGAACUACAACAUGAGGUCAGAACAGUGGAUCAUCAGACACCUCCAGAACUGCCCUCCAUUGCUCCCCUAGAGAGCAUUUGGGUCACGUCCUUGGAUCCCCCACCACCCUACAGUCAGGUUGUUUUGAUGCCAACUCCCACAGAACCACCUCCUCCCUACAGCCUCAGGCCUGAGGCUCCUUCUGUCCAGAUGAGAGGACCUGGCUAUGCAACGCUUUGA